UAUACCACCGCUUAUACUCACAUCAAGGAUCCUUUUGUUUCAGACAUUUAUACAUUAUUAGUACUGAGUUCAAACUCAUCAGAAGUUUUCGAUAAAAUACAGCUUUCAUUUUUGAAGUUAAAGUUAUAUUUUUUUUCCAAAUUAUUGAAGAUAUUUUAUGAAGAAAUAAACAUGCAAACAAGGCAUCAGCUGUUCCUCAUCUGCAUUACAGCUCAAUUUUUUAUUCUUCUAUUCAUAUACAAAGACAACCUGGUCAUACGAAAAACUUUAGUCAGCACACAAGAGCAGCUAGUACUAUCAGAACAGGACUACAGUCAACUUAACAACCUCACUGGUUUCAAGUUCAACAUUUUAAACAACCAAACAUGUUCAGAUAAAGAACUGCUUCUUCUGAUCUUGGUUCCAUCAGCUCCAGGCAACAUCGGAAAGAGAAAUGUCAUCAGGGAGACAUGGGGUAGUCUAAAACGAGACGAUGUAAAAGUUAUGUUUGUGCUGAAUGACCCUGGUGAUGAAUCUGUUCAAUCCAAACUACUGAUUGAAAAUGAAGAAUUUGAAGAUAUAGUACAAGGAAGUUUGAUGGAUACCUAUAGGAACCUCACUUACAAAACCAUAAUGUGCCUGAAAUACGCAACGUAUCAUUGCAAAAACGCAAAAUAUGUUCUCAAAGUUGAUGAUGACGUGUUUGUUAAUGUGCCUCAGAUGAUAUCUUUUUUAGAAAAUGAUCUGGAACCAUUGCAUCCGGAGAAUUUUCUUAUGUGUUCUGUCUUGUCCUCUUCCAAGGUAGUUAGAGAUAGAAAUGAUCCUUAUUUGGGAAAAUAUAUGGCUACUUAUGAGGAGUUUCCUGAUACAUACUACCCAGUGUAUUGUGCAGGCUGGGUAGCAUUAUUCUCCAGAGAUGUAGUUCCUAAGUUUUACCAAAUUGCUCAGAAAGUUCGGUAUUUUUAUUUGGAAGAUGUUUUCACGUAUGGAUUGGUUGCUAGGAGGAUCCCAGAACUGAAACGAGUGAGUAUUGGAAGCUAUGUUUUGGAUUCGGGAAGAAUAAGCAAACUUAUUGACAAUUCUACUUUGAACUAUGAUUUUAUUAUCGGUUGGUUUAGUAUGGCUGAAAGUAAAAUGAGAAAACUUUGGGAUGUAGUGAAGAAAAGUCCAGUAAAAGAACACUUGAAGCUCAAUUUUGAGCUUUAGUUGAGAUUAUUUAAAAUUACAUAGAUUAAUUUUUUAUUUUAAACGAUCAGAUAUGUUCAGAUAAAAAAACUGCUUCUUUUGAUCUUGGUUCCGUCCAGUCCAGGCAACAUUGGAAAGAGAAAUGUCAUCAGAGAAGACAUGGGAUAGUCUAAAAUGUGAUGAUGUAAUAAUUUUGUUUGUGCUGAAUGAUCCUGUCGAUGUAGCUCAAUCCAAACUACUUAAGGAUAUAGCCCAAGGAAAUUCGUUGGAUACCUAUAGGAACCUCACUUACAAAACAAUAAUGUGCCUGAAAUACGCAAAGUGUCAUUGCAAAAACGCAAAAUAUGUUCUCAAAGUUGAUGAUGACUUAUUUGUUAAUGUGCCUCAGAUGAUAUCUUUCUUAGAAAAUGAUCUGGAACCAUUGCAUCCAAUCAUUGAGAAUUUUCUGAUGUGUUCUGUCUUGUCAUUUUCCAAAGUAGUAAACCAAACAAUAACGCUAAGAAAGUAUUAGGUAGGUAUUUUUACUUGAAAGAUGUGUUGGGAACAGGUAUGGACUCGUUGCUAGGAGGAUCCCAGAACUAAAAAAGAAAAUUAUUAACAGUUUUACUUUGAACUAUGAUUUUAUAAUAGUUUAAUUUAGUAGGGCUAAAGUAAAAUGAGAAAACUUUGCGAUUCAGUUAAGAAAAAUCCAGCGAAGGGACAUUGAAGCUCAAUUUUAAGCUCUAAUAGAUUUUAAAACUUAAUUAGAUCAUUUAAAUAGCAUCAGGCGUAUUCUGGUGAUCUUGAUUUUCUUUAUAGUUCCAACUAAGAUAGAUGAUUAUAAACAUGAUUAUGUUAAGGUAUUGAUCAUAAUGGAAAAUAUUAAAUUUCUUGAUCUUUCUAUUCUGGUUGGUAGAUUUCUAUUGACUUUCGUCAAAUUAUUUCUGUAAGAUUGCACUUUCAUGGUUGUGAUAAAAACAAUAUUGAACAGUGACAUGUUGCUGAAUUAUGCAGAGAUUAUAAUAUUGUAAUUAACUAAAACUCUUUUGUACUAAAAUCGACUGAAAAUGACACAAAUUACAAAAUAAGCACACACAUAACAAUUAUUAAAAUAUUUUUUUUUGUAUAUAUUUGUAUUAUUAUAUUAGAAUUUUAUAAUUUUUUGCCCAAAUAUAUUGGGAGAAUCUCAUAUUAAAGUAAAUAAAAACUCCAUGGCAUAAUUUUACUUCUUUUUCAUUUAGUCAAGGGUUGUUUUAAAACUAACUGUGAUUAAUAAUAAAUAAAAUAUGAUAAAUAAAUUUUAACAGGGGCUUCUAUCAGUAAGAUGAG